UAUGUGAGAGAGAGCGAGAGAGAGGGAAGGAGAGAGGGAGCGGGUGUCCUCCAGCCAGUCAGACGCCACAAGUUCUCACCUUCUCUGUUUGCUUGCACAUGCUGCUACUUCUCCAGUGGACCUGGCUGGACCUCUUCUACCUGUGCGGACCCCUUGAAUUCACAGCAUUCAACAGUUAAAAGUUUCUCUUCAGUGAGGACGCCAUCAUUUAGAGCUAAGUUUGUUUCUAUGUUGUUAGUCUGACUGACAGUCACUGCCGGUUGUCAUCACGUCUGAUAUUUGUCACAAAAUUAGUUUGAGUUAGUUUAGUUGUUUGUUUUAUGCGUGUUUUUCUUUAAAAAAAAAAAAAAAGAAAUUAAUCUGUGCUGUCAUCUGUGCAGUUGCAGUGCAGUGUGGUGUGCACAACAGUGUGGGUUAUUCACAGUGCUGCUAUGCAGACUGGCUGGAGCCACGCUCUCACUUGAGUCUAUAUUCGCCCUGACUGGAGCAUUCUCGCAGAAAGAAACAAAAGAAAGCAAGUAAGAAGUAACAAGUUGGGAUAAGGGGGAGCAGAGGGUGUGUGUGGGUGUUUAAUCACAGAUGUUCCACAGGCUUGUGUACAAACGGGACUUAUUCAGGAUGCUGCAGUGCAGACCGAUUGGAGCCACACAAAACCUGCUGCUAAACUUUAGGCAGUGUUCAUGAUGACAUGAUAAUGUAAAACAUAAUAUCGGGUUUCAUUUUUUCUAGCUGAAGGCCUGAUGUCAUUUGUAUCGCGUGACCUUUAAAGAGGUUGUUUGCAUCUUGCUCAAAAAGUUACAUAAAAAAAAACAAGAACACCACCAGCUGUCUUAUAUGUUACCAUUAGGGGUUUUAACAGAACUUUUUUUUUUUUUUUUAAAUGUUUAUAUUUUCAACAGUUACUAAUUAGAUCGAAUAAAAAUGUGUUUGGCUUGCACAUCAACAGAAGCGGUCCAAGCAAAAGCAAGUAACAAUUUUAAGUUGUUAUGAUAGAACGUUCAAUGUUAGCUAACAUUAGCUAGCUAAAUCACUAUCAUUGCUAACAACACACAAAGCUAAUAUGUGUGUAGUUUGAGUCAUUACAUGCUAAAAGCCGAAUGAAGGCGGGAUAUAACUAGGGGAGCUGCAAAAAUUGAUUUACAUCCGAAUCACCAUUCUCAUUUAUUCCGAAUUAAAAUCAAUUCACAAUCUUUUUUUUAACAAACAAUAUUUUAAAAGACGUUUUAUAUGCCAUCUCCAGCUUACUCGUCACGCGUUGAAGACGAGUAGCAGCCAAAAUAAGUUUUUGCAAUCUGAAUCGAAUGGUCACCCCAAGAAUCGGAAUUGAAUUGUGUGUUGUUGUAAGAUUCACAUCCCUAGAUAUAAUUCUUGCGACACAUUGGAAAGUUAGCGCCCUGUAGGCAUCCGCGUAAAGGUUGCAAACAGCCCUUUUAAGUCGUAUUUGUCACAGUCAUCAAACACACAAUUCCCACUGUGUUGGGGUGCUGGGAAACAAAAAUCUAUUCACAUCCGAAUCACAAUCCUUAGUUCCUAUAAUUCUGAUUCUAAUAACAAUUUGAGGUUCAUCACAUUAAAUUACUGUAUUCUGUAAGAUUACUGUUCAUACCCUCCAGCAGACAAUAGGGCUUUUGUAACCUUUUUUUAAGUUUUAUUAUCAUUUGUAAUUAUAAUUUUGUUGAAUCGAUUCAAAUUUGAAACGAUUUCCCAAGAAUCCAAAUCGAAUUGAGUUGUUGUCAGACUCACAUCCCUCACGCCUUGUGUUGCUGUUUUCGCCGUCCUAAUUACGAUAGUUGGUUGAAGAAAAAUGAAGGACCCUCACCCGCUUACCAACAACUGGAUCGAUUCCACCAGCAAAGACCCGGUGCUUCUCUCCAUGCAAAGUUCUCACAAGAAGUUCAAGAGAAAGUCUCGUGAACCUAAAAAACUUUUCAGUAGCUGCGAACCUGACAGCAUGAAAAGUUACGCGGUGGACACGACAGAAAGCAACACACUGGAGGACUGUAGUGUCCGCAGGCUGGCUCCACUCCACAGACACCUCAUCGUGUCCCAAGAGAGCACCGGAGCCCUUUCAGGUGUCAUGGCAGUACCCCCACAGAGCGGGGCUAUUGACAUGAGGAUCGGCAGUGCUGUCACUUCUAAACUGUCUCAGCCACCAACGUCCACCUUCUCCAACCCAGAGAUUGUCCACUGGCCUUCAGCCAUUUCCCAGCCACUGUCCAACAGAUUCAAGCUGGGCGCUCGCUCUAACUUCCCCAUAACAACAUUAGCCAACCAGCACACCUUCUCCCUGGACCCAGCUGUAUCACUGCCGGGUCAAUCUACAGCGCCACCUCUUUCUGCAAACUCCCAAGGCCAUGAAUGCGUCAUAGAGCAUCAGGAACACACACCUGAGGAGUCUUUGACGCAGCAAGUUGGAAUGACGCCGGACGGAGCUCCUCGUUUUCCGGAAGUCAAAGCCAUCCAACAGACCAGGAGGCUCCUAGCUAACGCCCGUGAGAGAACACGCGUCCACACCAUCAGUGCUGCGUUUGAGGCCCUCAGGAAACAGGUGCCUUGCUAUUCCUACGGGCAGAAGCUAUCCAAGUUAGCCAUCUUACGGAUAGCUUGCAACUACAUCCUGUCGCUGGCUCAGUUGGCUGAGCUGGACUACAGUUCAGACCACAACAGUCAAAGCUUCUCUCAGUGUGUGGAACAAUGCACUCGGACCCUGCAGGCCGAGGGCAGAAGCAAGAAGAGGAAGGUUGGAAGGAUGACGGAGGACGAGUGACAUUUUAAGAGGACUGCAAACUGAAGUAUAUGUUCCUAAUACACACUCUAUUGUUAUAUGAGGGUUGUGGUAACAAACAACAUACAUUCGUAUUUAACAAAUGCUAUGAAUGAAGAUAUGAACAAAAUGACUGAAGUGUUUUAACUACGUAUAAUAUUUUGCUGUCUGUAACUUGUGUUAUCUGCUCGCUAGCGAUGAGCGGGAUGAUAACUAAUAUUCUUUUCUUUUCUGUGGAAAAUGAGUUCAAACAUAGUUUGCAAUGACUAGACUUAAGAGUGCAGUGUAACUAAAUUACAAACAAAAUGUUCUCUUUCAACAAAGUACUAUGAUAAGAACACACCUUUUUACAUUGAUGAUGUGACAUGUAUUUUGAUUGUUCCUAUUGUUUGGCACUUAAGAAGAGCAUCCUUGGUUGGUUGCUGAUACAAAUUCACGAAUAAA